AUGCUCACGGCUUUUCAGGAAAAGACCUCGAGCGACGAUGACGCGACGGACGCCAUCUCGGCUACAGCUGAGGGGUGGUACAACUCGGACAACGCCUUCAACUUCUACUUCAAGGUGUGGGGCGGAGAGCACAUCCACGUAGGCCUGUACAGCAAGCUCAACGCGGAAGAAGCCAAGCUGCCCGUCCUGGACCGCAUCAAGAAGGCCAGCAUCCUGAACGCCGAGGAACUGCUCGCCCGAUGCUUCCCCGCCAGCGCUAACGGGACUAACGGCACUAACGGCAACGGCGCGCCUCACACAUCGGAGAGCACCAUGGUGGACAUGGGCUCCGGAUACGGGGGCUCGGCCAGGCUCGCAGCCAAGACGCUCGGCUGCAAGGUGUAUUGCAUCAACGUUACUUCGAGGGAGAACGACGUCAACCGCGCGCUGAGCAAGGCCGCCGGGAUCGAGGAUCUGGUGAUCAUCCCCGGAGAGAAGUCGUAUUUCGACACAGGGCUGCCGGACGCCUGCUGCGAGGUGGUGACCUCCCAGGACGCGCUUCUGCACGCGGGGUCGGAGCGGCACAGGGCGGUCGGCGAGGCCGCCCGCUUGCUCAAGCCCGGGGGCAGGAUGGUCUUCAACGACGUCAUGCAGACGAACCACGCCGACCCCAAGGACCUUCAGGAGGUGUACGAACGCGUCCGCCUUCAGGACCUGGGCACGCCUAAGUCUUACGCCAAGUGGGCCGAGUCUUACGGUCUAACGUUCGUGGAGUUCUCCGACCGUACUCCCGACAUGAAGACGCACUACGAAUCCGUUAAGGAAGUGCUGAUGUCGCACCGCGGUACCUCGGAUGGCAUGGAGGAUGAGUUCAUCGACAACAUGGCCAGGGGACUCGACGCUUGGGUUUCGGCGGCCGAGCGUGGCCUCAUCUGCUGGGGGUACGUGACCUUCGCCAAGCCGGACGACGACUCAAGCGACGAUAACGCGACGGACGCCAUCUCGGCUACAGCUGAGGGGUGGUACAACUCGGACAACGCCUUCAACUUCUACUUCAAGGUGUGGGGCGGAGAGCACAUCCACGUAGGCCUGUACAGCAAGCUCAACGCGGAAGAAGCCAAGCUGCCCGUCCUGGACCGCAUCAAGAAGGCCAGCAUCCUGAACGCCGAGGAACUGCUCGCCCGAUGCUUCCCCGCCAGCGCUAACGGGACUAACGGCACUAACGGCGACGGCGCGCCUCACACAUCGGAGAGCACCAUGGUGGACAUGGGCUCCGGAUACGGGGGCUCGGCCAGGCUCGCAGCCAAGACGCUCGGCUGCAAGGUGUAUUGCAUCAACGUUACUUCGAGGGAGAACGACGUCAACCGCGCGCUGAGCAAGGCCGCCGGGAUCGAGGAUCUGGUGAUCAUCCCCGGAGAGAAGUCGUAUUUUGACACGGGGCUGCCGGACGCCUGCUGCGAGGUGGUGACCUCCCAGGACGCGCUCCUGCACGCGGGGUCGGAGCGGCACAGGGCGGUCGGCGAGGCCGCCCGCUUGCUCAAGCCCGGGGGCAGGAUGGUCUUCAACGACGUCAUGCAGACGAACCACGCCGACCCCAAGGACCUUCAGGAGGUGUACGAACGCGUCCGCCUGCAGGACCUGGGCACGCCUAAGUCUUACGCCAAGUGGGCCGAGUCUUACGGUCUCACGUUCGUGGAGUUCUCUGACCGUACUCCCGACAUGAAGACGCACUACGAAUCCGUCAAGGAAGUGCUGAUGUCGCACCGCGGUACCUCGGAUGGCAUGGAGGAUGAGUUCAUCGACAACAUGGCCAGGGGACUCGACGCUUGGGUUUCGGCGGCCGAGCGCGACCUCAUCUGCUGGGGGUACGUGACCUUCGCCAAGCCGCGGUAG